AUAGUUCAGGACGUUCCAUGCGAGGUGAAAUAAAUUUUCUGCGCUCCUUAAUUCAACACAAAUGCAGCAGCAGUGGCCGUACAAAUUCAAUCCGGCACAACUUGUCACUUCACAGCCGAUUCAUCAGGGUGCAGAACGAAGGCACUGGGAAAAGCUCUUGGUGGAUGAUCAAUCCAGAUGGUGGAAAAGGUGGGAAGGCACCGCGAAGACGUGCUGUGUCAAUGGACAAUAGCAACAAGUACACGAAGAGCAGAGGGCGGGCAGCUAAGAAAAAGGCAGCUCUGCAAACUGCCCAAGAGGCAAGUGAGGACAGCCCUUCUCAGCUCUCCAAGUGGCCCGGGAGUCCAACUUCUCGCAGCAGCGAUGAGCUGGAUGCAUGGACAGAUUUCCGCUCCCGUACAAAUUCAAACGCCAGUACGAUAAGUGGCCGCUUGUCACCAAUUUUGGCAAGCACCGAACUAGAUGACGUUCAAGAUGAUGACGCUCCACUUUCUCCCAUGCUGUACAGUAGUCCAUCGAGCUUGUCCCCAUCAGUAAACAAACCAUGUACUGUGGAGUUACCUAGGUUGACUGAUAUGGCUGGGACAAUGAAUUUGAAUGACGGACUGGCAGACAACCUCAUGGAUGAUCUCUUGGACAACAUAACACUCCCUUCCUCCCAGCAGUCACCCACAGGAGGGAUAAUGCAGAGAAGCUCCAGUUUUCCAUAUGGUUCCAAAGGUUCAGGGCUGGGUUCUCCGUCAAGUAGUUUCAAUAACGCCGUAUUCGGGCCGUCGUCCCUGAACUCCCUUCGCCAGUCGCCCAUGCAAACCAUUCAAGAGAACAAGCAGGCCACCUUCUCUUCCAUUUCUCAUUAUAACAACCAGACGCUGCAGGAUCUGCUCGCCUCUGAUGCACUUAGUCACAGCGAUGUCAUGAUGACACAGUCUGACCCGCUCAUGUCGCAAGCCAGCACAGCUGUGUCCGCCCAGAAUUCCCGCAGGAAUAUCAUGCUCCGCAAUGACCCCAUGAUGUCGUUUGCUGCGCAGUCCAACCAGGGCGGUCUGGUCAAUCAGAGCCUGCCCCAUCACCAGCACCAGUCUCACAAUUCCUCUCUUAGUGGCAGCCGUGCCUUGUCGAAUUCCAUCAGUAACAUAGGCUUAAAUGACUCAAACAGCUUGGGAUCCACCAAACAUCAGCAGUCACCUGUCAAUCAGUCUAUGCAAACACUUUCUGACCCACUCUCAGGCUCCUCUUUGUAUUCCUCUAGCGUGAACCUCCCGGUCAUGGGACAUGAGAAAUUCCCAAGUGACUUGGACCUGGAUAUUUUCAAUGGGAGCUUGGAGUGUGACAUGGAGUCCAUUAUCCGCAGUGAACUCAUGGAUGCAGAUGGGUUGGAUUUUAACUUUGAUUCCCUCAUCUCAGCCCAGAACGUUGUCAGUCUGAAUGUGGGGAACUUCACUGGUGCUAAACAGGCUUCAUCACAGAGUUGGGUACCAGGCUGAAGGAUCUUUGAGAACAGGGGAAAUGGGCAAACAGGCCCUCAAACUGACACAAGACAUAGAGAGAGAGCGAACCCUUUGCCAAAUCUGCUGUCAGCAAGUGGACAGUGAUACUGUUUACAGCUUACGACCUUUGUGAACCCUGCAUUAUUUUCGUAAUGAAGCAGACUGUUAAUAAGCCCCUUUCUUGAGUGAAGAUCCUCUUUUUUUUUUUUCUUUCUUUUUUUUUUGGAAUUGAACUCAUUCUAAAGUAUGCAAAAUCUUCCUUUUCUGGGAUGGCCAAACACCUGCUGUGGAGACAAUGUUCAGCACCAUCCUGUUGAGAACACACUGUGUAGCCUUUACAGUAGUUCUUUGUCAAUGAGUAUGUGGUGUUUCAAUAUAUUAAUGGUUUAUGGGAUGUUUUAAGUUGGCUUUUUAUUUUUUGGAGGUUUUCCCUGUCUGCCCACCCUUUCCUCCCCAGCCUCCAGUUUGAUUUCCUUAGAUUUUUGACCAUUUUUGCUUUCUCUCCCUGGGGAAAUCUGAAAUACAGCCUACGCGCAAGGAAAUCUUAUCCUGAUUAUCAUAACCCUGCAUUGCUCUGACACGAGGUUUUCUGACUAUACAGCAGUCAUUAUACCAAUCAACUGACCGACUUCCAGCGAGAGGUGACUUGUGUGGUCUGUUUGUUGGGUUGUGUUUGUUUGUUUGUUUUUUUACUCUUUUUCUUAAAUUUAAUGGUACACCCCUGUUUCCCGUAAGCGUCGAACCAGGGCUGAUUAGAAAACAAGGGCAACCAACCCGUUUGCCUCUUGGCCCGUGCUCGUGAGGAGUGGCUGAGCGAGGAGGCCGUUGCCCUCACGUUUACGGGCGCGGGACCCGGUUCGCUGCCAGCCGGAGCAGUCUCCCCUCUCACGUUAUGUUGGCAGGGCUGCCCUUGCUGCCGCAGCGAGGCACAGUUAGGCUGCCUCAGUCGUCUGGGAAGAAGUCAUAAGCUGAGCUGCCCCUCUGUUGCCAGACAAGUUGAACAUAACCACCCGUAAAGAUCUGUUUAAAAACGGGAGGCUGAAGGAAAGGAAAACGCACCACUUGGCAGAAAAGAUAAGCUUGCAUCAGCAAGUAGCUUGACAGCGGCAACGUCAGGAGUUCAGGCACAGAUCAUUGCAGGGUGUGUUACUGCGUCAGUGAUUUUUCUUUUUUCUUUUUUUUUUGACAUAUCCUUGAUUAUUUUUUCCUUCUCAUUAUGCAUAAUCCAUUGUGGAAGAAGCAGGAGAGGGAAUGGCAAGGUGACAGUAUCGUACAAAUGGCUUUUCAUAUGAGCAUAGAUUGUAACAGGAUAAAUGACACUGAAAGACAAGGCAGUUUUAUAUAUUUUGCUUCUAAGAUUUUCUUUUGUAAAAUGAAUAAUAAUGAAUUAAUAAUAAUGAAUAAAAGGUAUGGUGCUGUAUAGAUCCUCUCUAUAAUCUGGAAAAUUUGAUUACUUUUUAUUAGUAUCUUUUGGGGGGGGAGGGAUGUGAAAAAAGAGGGGAAAACACCAAUGGUACAUAUGAACUUGGUUUGAAGAAGUUCUGAAUAGGACAGUGUAUACAUGAUUCUCCAAAGCGAUAUAUGAAGUUUUUUUCUUUGCAUAAAGGCAUUAUGCAUAUAAAUAUAUAAAUAUAUUUUAUUAUGUACAGAAAUGGCUCAUUAUGCAUGGAUGUUAGGAAAACAAACUAGCAUUUUAACCCAAAGUUUCAGUGCAUGAGUUCCCACUGAUACGUGUUACCAUGCAAUGUGGAGUGACUCCCUUUCGCCACGGCCACCACACGUGCGCACACGCACAGUCACGCACACAGACACAACACAAGCAUUUGUGGGCCCUACUUUGCUCCUUACUUGCCAGGUCCCUGAGGUGAUAUUGGUGAAGUAACAGCUCCUUGUGUGAUGGAAGUUUUGUUUUGUGUUGUGACCUCCUCACGCUCCCGCUGCGCCUCUUGGUUGCACCACGCAGUUAUGGCUGUGUAAGCUCUGUGCGGUUGUGGUUAUCAUAGCCCUGUAGCCUACCAACUCUUCCAAGCAGCUAAGGGUUUAUCAUUCUCCUUUUAAAUAAACUUCUCUUUUUGUUUUUACAUCAAGGCAGUUUAUUGGUCAGUUUGGGGACUAGUUUAUUAUAUGUUUAUUGGAGUUAGCUGAGGCUGAUUGCCGAUCUCCAUAUCUGGGGAGAUAUUUCCAGUAGCCAGCUGUCCAGAUCACCCAGGCCGUACAGCGGUCACCCGUGGUUGUCAAGUCCCCGGUAUGUCUGGAAACAUGAAUCACGCUGGCGGCCUUUCCCCCGCCGGCUCGCACCCCGCAUUUUGGCCAGCCUCGCUCUGCAGUCCCCCCUCCCAGGGACGGGGCGCUGCCCUCGAGCCACCAAGGAGCUGGGGACCGCCACCAAGACCUCUCUAUAAUCCGGCUCCAGCCUAGCCGGAUGGCAUGACGAAAAUCCGUUGUUUAAUUUUUGUUCUCGGUACGGAAGCUGUCCUUGUCGCACACCAGGCGGUCAGUUUAAACAUAGCCGGGCGAUUUCUGCUCUCAGCAGUGCGGCAUAGCUCCAUUGAAGCUCAUGGAGCUAACUCACGCUGACGUCAAUGAAAGGGAAAAAUAUGGUCCGCUCUGUUCAGAAAAUGGAGGAAAAAACCCGACUGAUUUGGAGACAACCAGUCAAUGGCAGAGAAGUUUUUUGAAAAAUAUUAAAAGCAUUAGCAGCUGAAAGGCCUAAUCUACCUCCCAGCAAUGUCGAGGAAAGCAUUUUCAUUGGCUUGUCUAGGACAGAUUGGGCCUCUUCUUUUGAGGAUGUCCCCUGCACUAACUGGAGAGGGAUGGGCUUGGACAACCUCUUCAGUUUGCUUUGGUUUCUCUCUUGCUCGUUUUUGUGGCCAAAAUUUUCAAACUGAAGCGCCUCGUGCCAGGCACCUAAGGCGGGGACUUCGAAGUGGUCUCACAGGGCUAGCUGCUCUGCUCUCGUUGCUUUUCCGGGGAAGGAGAGGUGCCUGAUUGCUGGAGGCCCACUGGAAGAUCACUGCCCUACAUGGGCAUUUAGGUGUCUAAGAAUUGCCGUCGUCUUCAGAGGCACUGGAUAAAUACAUCUUCCCGAAUUCAAAGGGUCACUUGUUUCCAUGUCAAAAUAUAGAUAAAAAUGGCUGAUUUUGGGAACCUACCUUUUGAAAAACUUUGGCCUUUGAGUCUUUGAACAUCUUUAUGCAUAGAAAUUUUCCUUCUGAAGUCAUGUAAAACAGAUACAGGUCCAGAAGAAUUACACAGGUAUUGCUUAAACCCUUUGUCUAAAAAAAGUUCUAAAAAAGGUGACAUUUAUGCAGUUCCUACAGUCACAGGGUUGGGGUUUUAUUUAAUAAUUUUGUAAAUUUUUUUCUCUUGAUUAGUUAGUUGGCCACUGCCUAAUUCCAGAAGUAUUUGUGCCACUGCUCCAAAAAGCUACCUUUUAGGUCAUGUAUUUCUCUAAAGUGAUGUCAUUGCUUGGCAAUCAGUGUCCUGUAAUUGUUUUUUAGUACACAAUGUACAUUAGGAAUGCCAACAGAUGCAAAGGGGGACCAGAUAGAUACAUUUCGUUACUGUGGGUUGGAAAAAAUGGAUUGUACAUUUGGCUUCACAUGUUUAACUUUUUUUAUAAAAGUUGCAUGAUUGAAAAAAAUAUGUAUACAGUAUCUGUAAAGCUGUUUUAUCUGCUUUUGUUUCAAGCCAUGUAAAUUGGAAGAAUUUUAAAUCCACAGCCUUAUCACGCAUGGCAAUCUUUACAUACCGAAGAGCUGAACAGUUUAUACUUUGCAUUUGGGCUAUCUUGUACUUUCAUUUGAAAGCAGACACUCUCAUGUUGCAUUCUUAGGGAGGAUUUUAUAGAAAAAAAAAAAAAGAUGCUGCCCUGGAUGAAUAUACUACCUUACUACACAGAGAUUGGAAGCAAGUUUGUUUUGGAGCUCUGCCCCUUUCCAAACGAAGUUGAGACGCAGUGCUUACUCCACUUGGUGUUAGUAGAUAUUGCCUUGUGUAUUCCAUUUUAAAUUGUAAUCUAGUUUGUAAAAGAGAUGGUGACGCAUGUAAAUAAAGCAUAAUGGAUCUCUACAUUGCA